AUGUCCGAUCUACAGUCCCUUGUGUCAGAGCUCCACGGUGCUCUUGAGCGCAAGCAACUGGACGCCGCCAAUGACCUCCUCAGCCGUGCCAAGCGAGCCCUUCUUAUGCAGAAUGCAUUGAUUCCCACCCCAUCCACAUCUCCCCAGCUUGUCGUCCUCGCCCGUCAAGUCCUUGAGCUCGGAGCCCUCGCCUCAAUUCGCCAGACCGACGCGCAGUUGUUCACACGAUACUAUCAGCAACUGCAGCCAUUCUACGACCUUGAAAGACAUGCCGGUUUGCCAGGACAGAGUUCGUCAGAAGUUGACUUCAGCACAAGCCAACGCAGCAAGAUCACAGGGUUGUACUUGCUUCUGCUUUUGAGCAUGGGCGACAGUGCCAACUUCCACACAGUGCUAGAGGGACUGGUGGAAGAGGCAAGCUUGAAGGGUGGUCGUGUUGAGGACGAUGCAUACAUCAAGUACCCCGUUGAGCUGGAGCGCAACUUGAUGGAAGGAAGCUACGACAAGGUGUGGAGAGAGACAAAGUCCGAGCGUGUGCCAUCCGAAGACUUUGGUCUGUUCUCAAACGUUCUCAUCGGUACCAUCCGUAGCGAAAUCGCAGACUGCUCGGAGAAAGCAUACCCGUCUCUUCCCAUUUCCAACGCCAAGAAUCUUCUUUUCCUCGAGUCCGAGGGCGCAGUUAUUGAGUUUGCUAAACAGCGCGGCUGGAUCCUCCGUGAUGGCCGGAUAUUCUUCCCCGAGCCCGAGUCGGGGUCCGAGAAGGAUAUCUUGAUGGCCAGCGGUACUGUUAUUGAGAAUGCAUUGGGAUACGCCCGCGAGCUGGAGACCAUUGUUUAA